AUGGCAGCCAUGUUAUUAAAUGGCAGCCAUGUUAUUUUGUAUACAGAAUAGGGCUGUCAGUUAAUCAAAUAGAUGAGGCUUGUUGAUAUGGUUGUUGUUCCUGCUACUUCAUGCCAAUAGAUGUUAAAUCUAUUUGACUAUUAGGCCUAAAUCAUUUGUUUAUGGUUGAAAUCCAAAUUGCCUGUUGUGCACAUCUAGGCUGUCAGCUUAAACAUGUAUUCAUUAUGUGUUAAAUCCUCACUGAGCUCUUCAACUAAAGCCAGUUUGCCCCCUUCCUUCCUUCCUUCCUUCCUUCCUUCCUUCCUUCCUUCCUUCCUUCCUUCCUUCCUUCCUUCCUUCCUUCCUUCCUUCCUUCCUUCCUUCCUUCCUUCCUUCCUUCCUUCCUUCCUUCCAGACUCACAGCUUGCAGGAUAUGAGGCAGCAGGCGGCUAUUGCUGCCAAAGUGUUCAUCCAGAGAGACUACACCAGCGGCACUGUCUGCCAUUUCCAGACCAAGUUCCCUUCUGAACUGGAGAACAGGGUACGCUAUAGCACUCUGAUAGCACUGUGAUCUGAGUCCAUCUGCAUAGUGUGUCAGAGUAGGAGUGCUGAUUGAGCAUCAGGUAUGCCUUUUAGAUCACAAUAAAUAAGAUUGCAUGGACAGGGUCCGUAUCCAAGCCUCUCAGAGUAGAACAUUGGUCGUAAGUGCUCAGAAGGUUAUGCAUGAAGCCUCUUUAGUCAUAAGUCCCACCGAGUUGGCAGAUAUUUAGGAGACCUCAUGAGGUGUCUUAACCAGUUAAGAGUUACCAGCAGGUGUCUUGAUAAUAGAAACAUUCAGUCAGUGAGUCAGUGGUUCCUGCGCCACAUGCAAUUGCUUUGGAGUUGUUCAAAUAAUAUGUUGAUAUUUCUAUAUGAUCAAUCCAUAAAUAAUCUAGGGUUACAUGCAACAUAAUCUCUUGCGCUUUUGACAAUUAUUUCAUAUGAGGCCUAUUUCACAUGAUAGCCUAAAUACUUAUAGCCACUAGGCUAAUAAAUAAACAUGUUUUUCAAAUAUUUAAUGACUUACAUCAUGUUAUCAUUUUGGAGUGCAACAUCACAUUGUUAAAAAAAAGAUGCCUAAAUUAGGCAUGCCUCUAAAUUGGGCAAUUGAAGGCUUCUUGGGGGCUUACAGUGCAUUCGGAAAGUAUUCAGACCCCUUCACAUUUUGUUACGUUACAACCUUAUUCAAAAAUGUAUUAAAUUGUUUUUUUCCCUCAUCAAUCUACACACAAUACCCCAUAAUGACAAAGCAAAAACAGGUUUUUAGAAAUUUUAGCAAAUGUAUUACAAAUAAAAAACGUAAAUAUCACAUUUACAUAAGUAUUCAGACCCUUUACUCAGUACUUUGUUGAAGCACCUUUGGCAGCGAUUAAAGCCUCAAGUCUUCUUGGGUAUGACGCACCUGUAUUUGAGGAGUUUCUCCCAUUCUUCUCUGCAGAUCCUCUCAAGCUCUGUCAGGUUGGAUGGGGAGCGUCGCUGCACAACUAUUUUCAGGUCUCUCCAGAGAUGUUAGAUCGGGUUCAAGUCCAGGUUCUGGCUGGUCCACUCAAGGACAUUCAGAGACUUGUCCCGAAGCCACUCCUGCGUUGUCUUGGCUGUAUGCUUAGGGUCAUUGUCCUGUUGGAAGGUGAACCUUCGCCCCAGUCUGAGGUCCUGAGCGCUCUAGAGCAGGUUUUCAUCAAGGAUCUCUCUGUACUUUGCUCCGUUCAUCUUUCCCUCGAUCCUGACUAGUCACCCAGUCUCUGCCGCAGAAAAACAUCCCCACAGCAGGAUGCUGCCACCACCAUGCUUCACCGUAGGGAUGGUGACAGGUUUGCUCCAGACUUGACGCUUGGCAUUCAGGCCAAAGAGUUUCAAUCUUGGUUUCAUCAGACCAGAGAAUCUUGUUUCUCAUGGUCUGAGAGUCCUUUAGGUGUCUUUUGGCAAACUCCAAGCGGGCUGUCAUGUGCCUUUUUACUGAGGAGUGGCUUCCGUCUGACCACUCUACCAUAAUGGUCUGAUUGGUGGCGUGCUGCAGAGAUGAUUUUCCUUCUGGAAGGUUCUCCCAUCUCCACAGAGGAACUCUGGAGCUCUGUCAGAGUGACCAUCGGGUUCUUGGUCACCUCCCUGACCAAGGCCCUUCUCCCCUGAUUGCUCAGUUUGGCCUGGCGGCCAGCUCUAGGAAGUGUCUUGGUGGUUCCAAACUUCUUCCAUUUAAGAAUGAUGGAGGCCACAGUGUUCUUGGAGACCUUCAAUGCUGCCGACAAAUGUUUUGGUACCCUUCCCCAGAUCUGUGCCUCGACACAACCCUGUCUCUGAGCUCUACGGACAAUUCCUUCAACCUCAUGGCUUGGUUUUUGCUCUGACAUGCACUGUCAACUGUGGGACCUUAUUUAGACAGGUGUGUGCCUUUCCAAAUCAUGUUUUAUUUACCACAGGUUGAGUCCAAUGAAGUUGUAGAAACAUAUCAAGGAUGAUCAAUGGAAACAGGAUGCACCUUGAGCUCAAUUUCGAGUCUCAUAUCAAAGGGUCUGAAUACUUAUGUAAAUAAGUAUUUCUGUUUUUUAAAUUUUUAAUACAUUUGCUACCAUCUCUAAAAACCUGUUUUCGCUUUGUCAUUAUGGGGUAUUGUGUGUAGAUUGAUGAGGAAAAAAUUAAUUCAAUCAAUUUUAGAAUAAGGCUGUAACGUAACAAAAUGUGGAAAAAGUAAAGGUGUCUGAAUACUUUCCGAAUGCACUGUAUGUUAACUUUGAUUGUGUUCAAUGAAAAUGAUAGACCUUCCAAACGUUGUAUGCAAAAUCAUUGGCAAGUGACUUGAUGUACUGUGCUAAAGCUAUUUAUAGUUGUUAAAGGGGAGUGUGUUGAUAAUGGUAAUAUUGUAAAAAUUUAGCUUUUAACAACGCUCAGAGUUGGUUUAAAAAAAGGUUCUGCAUGCCAAUAUAUUAGGGCAUCAUUAAGAGUAGGCAAAGUGAUCGUGUCAGGCGAAAAAUUUGGUCAAACAUUUUACAAUUGCAACAUUUGAUGUACAGUCACAUACACAGUGGUUGUCUGAAGCGUGCUAUAAAGUUCACAGCUGGUGAUGCCUCAUCGCAAUUGGUUGUUCCCCAUUUACAACAAUGUCAAUGAGCGUCAUCACUAUCUUUCCUUUGCGGUACCUCAAACUGUCGUGAUUACCAGCUGAGAAACUUUUGUGAGUUGAUUUUACUCCUGGCUCAGUGUGUUUGAGCAGUGUGUUAACAUAAUCCUUAAACCUACUCUGUGCUGGGAGGUUUUUUAGUCUUAAAACAGGUUUUAACAGGAUUCCGAGGACUUCUUUCUGAGAUGCUUUUGUGGAUACGGGCCCUGAUCCUAGACCAGCACUCCUACUCUGAGACGAUUGAUACAUACGGCCCCUGAUCUGCUAAGGCUCCUGGUGCUCAGACCUAUUUGAUCUAUAAAUCAGACCGAAUUUUUAGACAUGUUUAUGUCCCGUGUCCAGCCCCUCCAGAUAUAUCUCUGAUCUCCUGCUUUUAGUUAGAGCCCUGUGGGGUUUUGUAGGCUAGGCGCAGAACACGUCAAGAAGUGCAGCUUAUGACUCCAAUGCAGUCUUCACUGAUCUGGUCUAUGUCCUCAGUUGAACUGUCACACUUGAGUGCAGAAACUGGUUUGAAAUACAGGAUUUGGUAAUGAUCCAGCGAAUGGAGUGAAGCAGGUCCAUGAGGAUAAACACUUCUGCGCUAUGCCCACAUUAAAGAUUGUGCAGCUAGCUAAAUGGUUAGAGCAGAGUUCACAGGAACAAAAACUAUUUUUUGCCAUGCAUGUGCCACAUGAAAAGAGUAGCUUUACAACACAGCUUUGUGGUUUAAUGGCACUUCCCUCUUGAUUGGGUGGUCUCUCUUUAGCACACUUUGUGUCCUGUAGGAUGCACUAUACAUACCAAUGCUGAAGAAAUACAGCAUGCUACUCCUCCGGGAGUCCAUCCACAGCUACAGUGCCUCAUCAGAAAAAACCUUUCCAACAUUUCUCCCAUCCCUUUGCUAGCACAGUAGUAUAUCAUAGGAAUUGUGCUGCCAAACUUUUUAAGUGAGUUUGUUAUUUUUUUAUACAGUCAUAUUUAUUUCACCAGAUUGUUUUUUUUUUCUCCAGAUGUCCAAGUGACAAAAUACCAAAUGUAUCAAUUCAUAAAACACUUUAUUUUAUUCAACUUUGGAUCCAUGUUGCUCUUUUAUCUGAAAUAGAUCAUGGGGCAGCACGUUCUGUUGAUGAUUUCACCUCUGUUGAAUAAUGUUUUCUAAGGUUUAGUACAAGAACAUGUCUGGAGAAGCACUAAGCGGUCAGUGUAUUUGGCAGGUAGCGAGCCAGACCAGCCAGGGACAAUAAAAUAAAUUGGUAAUGCUGUUACCCUUUCCUUUUUAUUUUCCUUAUUCACAUAUCUACAGUAGAUCGCUUGACACAAAGUAAGCUAAAUAAGUUGUUUAAGAUGGUAGUUUCUGAGGAUAGAUACCAUCGUAGCACACACUUAUCCUAAAGCCGGUGUGCAGUACACUUCUUAAUGUUCAAAUUACUGCAUCCAACGUAAUGGAAAGAUGUUCAGACGAAGGAGAAAUGUGGUUUGAAUCCCAGCCUUAUGGGAAAUUAGAGGGAGAACAAAGACUCCUCACGGCAGGCACCAAACAUGCCUAAGACAACUGAUCUGUUGGCGCUUGUUGUUACAUUCCAUGGGCAGUGGGUGCAUGGGAACAUAACUUGGAGGCUGUUCAGAGGCCUGAAAGGCCUGGCUGCUCUCCUCAUCUGGUCUGGUUUGCAGGACACCAAGUCCACUCUCUUAGUUGUGUGACAAAUAGCACCCUAUUCCUUAUAGUGCACUACUUUUGACCAGAGCCCUAUGGCCCCUGGGCAAAUUGAAUGCACUAUAGGGCUGGAAUAUUUGGACAAAAUAUCUAAUAGCAAAAAAAAUAGAAAAAAAGGCAGAUAUUGUGAUUUAUGAGUUGCGAUUUUCCAAACACUUGGGUGAAAACUUGGUAAUUCCAUCAAACAUGGUUAAUACAAGUGUCAGAGUAGAGAACAUCACUUAUAAAAUGAGGUCAAAUGAAUUAAUACAUACUGAGCUAACUGAAUACAAAACCAAAUGAAACAAAUAUUUUCCACAAUUGUUAUACAUAUGAUAAUAGGAUUAUUACACCUACUUAAUAACAAACAUUCAUUUUUAACAUGAUCAUCUAAAUCUAGUGUACUAUAAGCGUAGCAUUAAUUAAUAAAUUAAUAACAUUCCUAUUUUACCAUUGAGUUCUUAUACUAACUGUAAGUCGCUCUGGAUAAGAGCGUCUGCUAAAUGACUAAAAUGUAAUAACCUAAGUUAAUUAUUUAUUCAGGCAGCUAUAGGCUACAAAUGCAAUAGGAAGCUUAUGAAUCUGCAAUUUAUGUAUAAGUAGGCUCAAUCAUUAUUAUAAUAUAAAUUAAAAGUCAAAGUGCCUUAACAUGUAACACAGCCUACCAAUUGCAAGGUGCAGCCUGUGUCUGAAACAUUGGAGUCUGGUCCAGUCAUUCAAUGCAAUGGCCUUUAUCAACUUCUCCCUUAAAUGCAUACUUCGGAAUUCCCCAGAAUCAGAUGAACUUGUGGAUACAAUUUUUAUGUCUCUGGGUCCAGUGUUGGGAUGGCGACUUGGGAGAAAUGUGUGUAUCUCCUGUCCAGCUUGUUUAUUGUCUUCUUGAAGCCAUCUUUGCUGACUGAAUGUGAUAGAUAGGUGAUAGCCUCUGUGAUUUCUGCGUCUGCGGGAUGUUUUUUCGUAGGGCAUUACACUCGAAAACGCAUCAGCAAUCAAUGCCUGCUUAACGUAGGUGGGGAAUGGUUCUUCUUCAAAUGAUUGAAUAAAUGUUUUGUGUUGCCUCUUAUCGCCACAACUCUGAGGCACUUUUUGCACAACACUUGCAUUUGGUUGACAUCGGUUUGCCUGUAGCCGAAAUACUGCCAUACCACUGAAGAUGUGCCGUUCUUUGGCACCAAAUCAACGUUCUCGUUAGCACUAGCAGCACUCGUUUCCGACACACUUUGAGGUGAAGCCCUUUCUCUCCGGUUAGUGCUAUCCGGCAUCCUUGCUAUACGGGAUCCUUGGGACGUCCCUACCCUAAAACCUAAUUCCGUUUUUAUCUGAGUAUUAUUAUUAUUAUUUUAUUUGUAUUUUUUUCUCCAUAUAAAUAAAUAAAAAUUCGAAGACAAUUUUCACAUGCUUCGUAAACAAUAGGUGUACACUAACAGUGAAAUGCUUACUUACAACAAUGCAAAGACAAAAAUACAGAAAUAAUUGAAAAAGAAUAACACAAGGAAUAAAUAAAUACACAAUGAGUAACAAUAACUUGGGGUAAGUACCGAGUCGAUGUGCAGGGGUACGAGGUGGAUGUGUACAUAUAGGUAGGGAUAAAGUGACUAGGCAGCAGGAUAGAUAAUAAACAGUAACAACAUUUAGUGUAAAAAGGUCAAUGCAGAUAGUAGCUAUUUGGUUAACUAUUUAACUAAAUAUUUAGCAGUCUUAUGGCUUGGGGCUAGAAGCUGUUCAGGGUCAUGUUGGUUCCAGACUUGGUGCAUCGGUACCGCUUGCCAUGCGGUAGCAGAGAGAACAGUCUAUGACUUGUGUGGCUGGAGUCUUUGACCAUUUUUAGGGCUUUCCUCUGAAACCGCCUGGUAUAGUGUUCCUGGAUGGCAGGGAGCUCGGCCCCAGUGAUGUAAUGGGCCAUCCGCACUACCCUCUGUAGUGCCUUGCGGUCGGAUGCCAAGCAGUGAUGCAGCCAGUCAAGAUGCUCUCAAUGGUGCAGCUUUAUAACUUUUUGAGGAUCUGAGGGCCAAUUACAAAUCUUUUCAGCCUCCUGAGGGGGAAGAGGGGUUGUUGUGCCUUCUACCCGACUGUGUUGGUGUGUGUAGACCAUGAUAAUUCCUUAGUGAUGUGGACACCGAGGAAGUUGAAGCUCAUGACCCGCUCCACUACAGCCCUGUCAUUGUGGAUGAGGGCGUGCGUGUCCCUCCGUUUCCUGUAGUCCACGAUCAGCUCCUUUGUCUUGCUGAAAUUAGGGCGGCAGGUAGCUUAGUGGGUAAGAGCAUUGUGCCAGUAACCGAAAGGUUGCUGGUUCUAAUCCCCGAGCCGACUAGGUGAAAAAUCUGCCUGUGCCCUUAAGCAAGGCACUUAACCCUAAUUGCUCCUGUAAGUCACUCUGGAUAAGAGCAUCUGCUAAAUGACUAAAAUGUAAAUUGAGGGAGAGGUUGUUGUCCUGGCACCACACUGCCAGGUCACUGAUCUCCUCCCUAUAGGCUGUCUCAUCGUUGUCUGUGAUCAGGUCAACCACCUUUGUGUCAUCAGCAAACUUAAUGAGGGUGUUGGAGUUGUCCGUGGCCAUGCAGUCGUGGGUGAACAGGGAGUACAGGAGGGAACUAAGCACGCACUACUGAGGGGGCCCGGUGUUGAGGAUUAGCGUGGUGGAUGUGUUGUUGCCUACCCUUACCACCUGGGGGUGGCCCGUCAGGAAGUCCAGGAUCCAGUUGCAGAGGGAGGUAUUCAGUCCCAGGUUCCUGAGCUUAGUGAUGAGGUUGGAGGGCACUAUGGUGUUGAACACUGAGCUAUAGUCAAUGAACAGCAUUCUCACAUAGGUGUUCCUCUUGUCCAGGUGGGAGAGGGCAGUGUGGAGUGCAAUAGAGAUUGCGUCAUCUGUGGAUCUGUUGGGGCAGUAUUCGAAUUGGAGUGGGUCUGGGAUGAUGGUGUUGAUGUGAGCCAUGACCAGCCUUUCAAAGCAUUUCAUGGCUACAGAUGGCGUUCUUGAGCACAGAGACUAUGGUGGUCUGCCGUCUUGUGAAUGUUAACCUGUUUAAAGGUCUUACUCACAUUGGCUACGAAGAGCGAGAUCACACAGUCGUCCGGAACAGCUGGUGCUCUCAUGCAUGGUUCAGUGUUGCUUUCCUCGAAGCGAGCAUAGAAGGCAUUUAGCUCGUCUGGUAGGCUCGCGUCACUGGGAAGCGCGUGGCUGGGUUUCCCUUUGUAAUCCGUGAAAGUUUGCAAGCCCUGCCACAUCCGAUGAGCGUCGGAUCAAAUCAAAUCAAAUUUUAUUUGCCACAUGCGCCGAAUACAAAAGGUGUAGACAUUAGCGUGAAAUGCUUACUUACAGCCCUUAACCAACAAUUCAUUUAUAAAAAACAAAACAAAAAAAAGUGUUGAGAAGAAUAGAGCAGAAGUAAAAUAAAAUAACAGUAGGGAGGCUAUAUACAGGGGGGUACCGGUGCAGAGUCAAUGUGCUGGGGCACCGGCUAGUUGAGGUAGUUGAUGUAAUACAGUGGGGAAAAAAGUAUUUAGUCAGCCACCAAUUGUGCAAGUUCUCCCACUUAAAAAGAUGAGAGAGGCCUGUCAUUUUCAUCAUAGGUACACGUCAACUAUGACAGACAAAAUGAGAAUUUUUUUUCUCCAGAAAAUCACAUUGUAGGAUUUUUUAUGAAUUUAUUUGCAAAUUAUGGUGGAAAAUAAGUAUUUGGUCAAUAACAAAAGUUUCUCAAUACUUUGUUAUAUACCCUUUGUUGGCAAUGACACAGGUCAAACGUUUUCUAUAAGUCUUCACAAGGUUUUCACACACUGUUGCUGGUAUUUUGGGCCAUUCCUCCAUGCAGAUCUCCUCUAGAGCAGUGAUGUUUUGGGGCUGUCGCUGGGCAACACGGACUUUCAACUCCCUCCAAAGAUUUUCUAUGGGGUUGAGAUCUGGAGACUGGCUAGGCCACUCCAGGACCUUGAAAUGCUUCUUACGAAGCCACUCCUUCGUUGCCCGGGCGGUGUGUUUGGGAUCAUUGUCAUGCUGAAAGACCCACCCACGUUUCAUCUUCAAUGCCCUUGCUGAUGGAAGGAGGUUUUCACUCAAAAUCUCACGAUACAUGGCCCCAUUCAUUCUUUCCUUUACACAGAUCAGUCGUCCUGGUCCCUUUGCAGAAAAACAGCCCCAAAGCAUGAUGUUUCCACCCCCAUGCUUCACAGUAGGUAUGGUGUUCUUUGGAUGCAACUCAGCAUUCUUUGUCCUCCAAACACGACGAGUUGAGUUUUUACCAAAAAGUUAUAUUUUGGUUUCAUCUGACCAUAUGACAUUCUCCCAAUCCUCUUCUGGAUCAUCCAAAUGCACUCUAGCAAACUUCAGACGGGCCUGGACAUGUACUGGCUUAAGCAGGGGUCACGUCUGGCACUGCAGGAUUUGAGUCCCUGGCGGCGUAGUGUGUUACUGAUGGUAGGCUUUGUUACUUUGGUCCCAGCUCUCUGCAGGUCAUUCACUAGGUCCCCCCGUGUGGUUCUGGGAUUUUUGCUCACCGUUCUUGUGAUCAUUUUGACCCCACGGGGUGAGAUCUUGCGUGGAGCCCCAGAUCGAGGGAGAUUAUCAGUGGUCUUGUAUGUCUACCAUUUCCUAAUAAUUGCUCCCACAGUUGAUUUCUUCAAACCAAGCUGCUUACCUAUUGCAGAUUCAGUCUUCCCAGCCUGGUGCAGGUCUACAAUUUUGUUUCUGGUGUCCUUUGAUAGCUCUUUGGUCUUGGCCAUAGUGGAGUUUGGAGUGUGACUGUUUGAGGUUGUGGACAGGUGUCUUUUAUACUGAUAACAAGUUCAAACAGGUGCCAUUAAUACAGGUAACGAGUGGAGGACAGAGGAGCCUCUUAAAGAAGAAGUUACAGGUCUGUGAGAGCCAGAAAUCUUGCUUGUUUGUAUGUGACCAAAUACUUAUUUUCCACCAUAAUUUGCAAAUAAAUUCAUAAAAAAUCCUACAUUGUGAUUUUCUGGAUUUUUUUUCUCAAUUUGUCUGUCAUAGUUGACGUGUACCUGUGAUGAAAAUUACAGGCCUCUCUCAUCUUUUUAAGUGGGAGAACAUGCACAAUUGGUGGCUGACUAAAUACUUUUUUUCCCCACUGUAUGUACAUGUGGGUAGAGUUAAAGUGACUAUGCAUAAAUAAUUAACAGAGUAGCAGCAGCGUAAAAAGAUGGGGUGGGGGGGCAGUGCAAAUAGUCCGGGUAGCCAUGAUUAGCUAUUCAGGAGUCUUAUGGCUUGUGGGUAGAAGCUGUUGAGAAGCCUUUUGGACCUAGACUUGGCGCUCCGGUACCGCUUGCCGUGCGGUAGCAGAGAGAACAGUCUAUGACUAGGGUCCUGUUUUGACUUUUUGAUGGCUCGUUGGAGGUCGUAGCGGGAUUUCUUAUAAGCGUCCGGAUUAGUGUCCCGCUACCUUGAAAGCAGCAGCUCAUGGCUUCUGGUUGGGAUAUGUAUUUACUGUCACUGUGGGGACGAUGCGAUGCACUUAUUAAUGAAGCUGACUGAUGUGUUAAACUCCUCAAUGUUAUCAGAUGAAUCCCUGAACAUAUUCCAGCAAAACAGUGCUGUAGCUUAGCAUUCGCUUCAUUAGAUCACUUCUGUGUUGAGCGUGUCACUGGUACUUCCUGUUUGAGUUUUUGCUUGUAAGCAGGAAUCGGGAGGAUAGAGUUAUGGUCAGAUUUGCCAAAUGGAGGACGAGGGAGAGUUUUGUAUGUGUUUUUGUGUGUGGAAUAAUGGUGAUUUAGAGUUUUGUCGCCUCCUAAGAUGGAUUUCAGUUUCCGUGCUUUAAAAUCACUGGCCACUAGGAGCGCCGCCUCUAGAUGUGUAUUUUCUUGUUUGCCCUAUACUGCUUGUUGACUGCGGUCUUAGUGCCAGCAUCAGUUUGUGGUGGUAAAUAGACAGAUAUGAAACAUUUAGAUAACUCUCUUGAUAAAUAGUAUGGUCUGCAGCUUAUCAUGAGGUAUUCCAAAACCUCAAGACUUCCUUAACAUUAGAGAUUUUGCACCAGCUGUUAACAAAGAGACACAAACCUCCCCCCUUAACCUUACCCGAAGCUACCGUUCGGUCUUAACGAUACAUAGGUAAACCUGCUAGAUGUAUAUUAUCCAUGUCCAUGUUCUGCCACGACUCAGAGAAACAUAGGAUAUUACAAUUCCUCAUGUCCCGUUGAUAGGAUAGUCUCGAGCGAAGCUCGUCCAGUUUGUUCUCCAGUGAUUGUACAUUUGCCAAUAGAACGAAGGGUAGAGGCGGUUUAUUUACUCACCUAGUGUGUAGUGUCAUCAGGGAGCCCGCUCGUUUGCCUGUCUUUAGCCGUCUCUUUUUCUUUGACUUCCGUGGAUUAGGGUCUGUUCCCGGAAGGAGCAGUACGUCCAGAGCUUCCGACUUGUUGAAAUCCAAAUCUUAAUUCAAAUCAAGGUUCGUGAUCGCUGUUCUGAUGUCCAGAAGCUGUUUUCGGUCGUAGGAAAUGAGGUAGGAAAUAUAAUGUAAAAACAAUGCCAUCCACUGUAGCGCCAUCUUCAUCUCAAUACAAAAAUGUAAUGUUAGACGUUAAUGAUGUAGCUGUACAUUUUCGGUGAAAACCACUACAAGAAAUGUGCUUUAGCUGUCACGCUGGCCUGAUGUUGGCUACACUAUCUAGCUACUUCCCUUUCCUUACUGCGGCAAGCAGGAGCGAAGGACCCUGGCCAGUGUUGUUGUUGUUGGCUUGCAGCGCAAACUCACCCCAUUGAGCAGUGUAGACUGUAUCAUGGUGACAACAGAUGGUUACUACCAAUAUUACAAGUUAUUUUUUGUGAAGGCUGCUAUCCUACUAAAAAUAGAAUCAAGUGGGAUGGAACAUUUUGGAGAUAGUGACCAAAUCCAGAUGGUGACCAAUACUACAAGUUAUUUCUCCCUCAUCGAAAAAUAAACAUCACUUUCUUGUGCAAGUUUUAACAACAUAAACUAGCUGGGAAGGGAAGCAAGGGCUUAUCAGGACGACUGACUGAACCGAAUCCAUUCGUUUCCACACUCGACUCUCAGCUGCGCGACAUACAUCAUCCAUUUGGAUCAUGAUAAGCUGCAGACCAGAUCGUCAAGGACAUCAACCACCCAAGCCACUGCCUGUUCACCCCGCUAUCAUCCAGAAGGCGAGGUCAGUACAGGUGCAUCAAAGCUGGGACCGAGAGAAUGAAAAACAGCUUCUAUCUCAAAGCCAUCAGACUGUUAAAUAGCCAUCACUAGCACAUUAGAGGCUGCUGCUGCCUAUUGAAAUCACUGGCCACUUUUUUAUUUUUUUUUAUUUUUUUAUUUAUUUCACCUUUAUUUAACCAGGUAAACCAGUUGAGAACAAGUUCUCAUUUACAACUGCGACCUGGCCAAGAUAAAGCAAAGCAGUGCGAUAAAAACAACAACACAGACUUACAUAUGGGGUAAAACAAAACAAAGUCAAAAAUACAACAGAAAUACAUAUAAUAUACAGUGUGCAAAUUUAGCAAGUUAUGGAGGUAAGGCAAUAAAAUAGGCUAUAGUGCAAAAUAAUUACAAUUGAGUAUUAACACUGGAAUGAUGUGCAAGAGAUGAUGUGCAAAUAGAGAUACUGGGGUACAAAUGAGCAAAAUAAAUAACAAUAUAGGGAUGAAGUAGUUGGGCGGGCUAAUUUCAGAUGGGCUGUGUACAGGUGCAGUGAUCGGUAAGGUGCUCUGACAACUGAUGCUUAAAGUUAGUGAGGGAGAUAAGUGUCUCCAGCUUCAGAGAUUUUUGCAAUUUGUUCCAGUCAUUGGCAGCAGAGAACUGGAAGGAAUUGCGGCCAAAGGAGGUGUUGGCUUUGGGGAUGACCAGUGAGAUAUACCCGCUGGAGCGCAGACUACGAGUGGGUGUUGCUAUGGUGACCAAUGAGCUAAGAUAAGGCGGGGAUUUGCCUAGCAGUGAUUUAUAGAUGGCCUGGAGCCAGUGGGUUUGGCGACGAAUAUGUAGUGAGGACCAGCCAACAAGAGCGUACAGGUCACAGUGGUGGGUAUUAUAUGGGGCUUUGGAGACAAAACGGAUGGCACUGUGAUAGACAACAUCCAAUUUGCUGAGUAGAGUGUUGGAGGCUAUUUUGUAAAUGACAUCGCCGAAGUCAAGGAUCGGUAGGAUAGUCAGUUUUACGAGGGCAUGUUUGGCAGCAUGAGUGAAGGAGGCUUUGUUGCGAAAUAGGAAACCGAUUCUAGAUUUAACUUUGGAUUGGAGAUUCUUAAUGUGAGUCUGGAAGGAGAGUUUACAGUCUAACCAGACACCUAGAUAUUUGUAGUUGUCCACAUACUCUAGGUCAGACCCGUCUAGAGUAGUGAUUCUAGUCGGGUGGGCGGGUGCAAGCAGCGUUCGGUUGAAGAGCAUGCAUUUAGUUUUACUAGUGUUUAAGAGCAGUUGGAGGCUACUGAAGGAGUGUUGUAUGGAAUUGAAGCUCGUUUGGAGGUUUGUUAACACAGUGUCCAAUGAAGGGCCAGAUGUAUACAAAAUGGUGUCGUCUGCGUAGAGGUGGAUCUGAGAGUCACCAGCAGCAAGAGCGACGUCAUUGAUAUACACAGAGAAAAGAGUUGGCCCAAGAAUUGAACCCUGUGGCACCCCCAUAGAGACUGCCAUAGGUCCAGACAACAGGCCCUCCGAUUUGACACAUUGAACUCUAUCUGAGAAGUAGUUGGUGAACCAGGCGAGGCAGUCAUUUGAGAAACCAAGGCUAUUUAGUCUGCCAAUAAGAAUGCGGUGGUUGACAGAGUCGAAAGCCUUGGCCAGGUCAAUGAAAACGGCUGCACAGUACUGUCUAUUAUCGAUCGCGGUUAUAAUAUCGUUUAGGACCUUGAGCGUGGCUGAAGUGCACCCAUGACCAGCUCGGAAACCGGAUUGCAUAGCGGAGAAGGUACGGUGGGAUUCGAAAUGGUCGGUGAUCUGUUUGUUGACUUGGCUUUCAAAAACUUUUGAAAGGCAGGGCAGGAUGGAUAUGGGUCUGUAACAGUUUGGAUCUAGAGUGUCACCCCCUUUGAAGAGGGGGAUGACCGCGGCAGCUUUCCAAUCUCUGGGGAUCUCAGACGUUACGAAAGAGAGGUUGAACAGGCUAGUAAUAGGGGUUGCGACAAUUUCGGCGGCUAGUUUUAGAAAGAAAGGGUCCAGAUUGUCUAGCCCAGAUGAUUUGUAGGGGUCCAGAUUUUGCAGCUCUUUUAGAACAUCAGCUGUCUGGAUUUGUGUGAAGGAGAAGCGGGGGGGGGCAUGGGCAAGUUGCAGCGGAGGGUGCAGAGCUGGUGGCCGGGGUAGUGGUAGCCAGGUGGAAAGCAUGGCCAGCCGUAGCAAAAUGCUUGUUGAAAUUCUCGAUUAUUGUAGAUUUAUCGGUGGUGAUAGUGUUUCCUAGCCUCAGUGCAGUGGGCAGCUGGGAGGAAGUGCUCUUAUUUUCCAUGGACUUUACAGUGUCCCAAAACUUUUUGGAGUUAGUGCUACAGGAUGCAAAUUUCUGUUUGAAAAAGUUAGCCUUUGCUUUCCUAACUGCUUGUGUAUAUUGGUUCCUAACUUCCCUGAAAAGUUGCAUAUCGCGGGGGCUAUUUGAUGCUAAUGCAGUACGCCACAGGAUGUUUUUGUGCUGGUCAAGGGCAGUCAAGUCUUUAAGAAAUGGAACACUAGUCACUUUAAUAAUGUUUACAUAUCUUGCACUACUCAUCUCAUAUGUAUGUUCUGCAUUAUAUUCUAUAAUAUUCUACUGUAUCUUAGUCCAUGCCGCUCUGUCAUUGCUUGUCCAUGUAUAUAUUCUUAAAUCCCAUUCCUUACUAGUUUUGUGUGUAUUGGGUAGAUGUUGUGAAAUUGUUAGAUAUUACUUGUUAGAUAUUACUGCACUGUCGGAGCUAGAAGCACAAGCAUUUCGCUACACCCGCUAUAACAUCUGCUAAACACGUGUAUGUGACAAAUAAAAUUUGAUUUGAUUUGGACCCCAGUCGUGUCCGUAUAGCCUCUCCCAACCAGCGUCUAACUGCGUGCGCUAAGCGGGGACGCUUGUGAUUGGCCAGCAUAUGCAUGUCAUGCAAAGAGUGAGAGAGCCGCUUGUGAUUGGUCUGCAUCCUCUGUGCAUGUAGAGAGUAAAUGAAUGGAGUCUAGCACAUCUCAGUGGAGGAGGUACCGUAUAGUUUUUGUUGUAUUUUAAUUUGUCAUUUAGCAGACACUCUUAUCCAGAGUGACUUAUGGUAGUGAGCUCAUAUAUUUUCAUAUUUUUUUGUACUGGUCCCCCAUGGGAAUCGAACCCACAACCCUGGCGUUGCAAGCGCCAUGGUCUACCAACUGAGCCACACGGGACACUGGUAUUAACGGAGUGUCAAAGGAAGGAGAAAAUCGUAGCCACUUGCGAUAUGGAUAUUGCAUAUGUCAAUAUCGCAAUUUCGAUCUGAAUUCUAUUAAUCAUGCAGCCCUAGUGCACAAUAUAGGGGAUAGGGUGCCAUUUGGGACACAGACUCAGUCUCUCCAAGGAGACCGGAUUGGAGAGACGCGCCGACACUCAGUCAGAACACCCUUCACUACUUCCAGUGGUCCAACACCCCUUGGCCUGCCCUCCAGUGGAGCAGGCCUGACCUGGCAUGAUGAUUUAAUGUUAGCUAGCCCUUAGUUCCACUCUGUACGUAAUUAGGGAGUGUGGUUGCUUGGAGCUCUGUCAGAGCCACAUUGCAUCUCUCAUAUCAGCAACACCUAUCAUCACUGGUUUGAUAGAAACCUUGGGAAAGUUUUUUUUACUAUGCUAGUCUCUGCCAGUAGAUAAAGAGAGAGUCAGAUUCCUCACUAGCGGUUUUGGUGUGUCCUGCGGGGUGAUAAAGUGAAAACAUGUGGUGAGCACACGGCCAAGGCAUCCUAAUUAUUUUGGGAGGCUUGUCCAAUAGUGUAGAGGGAUUGCAGCAUUCUCUGAUUUAAUAGAUUCUGGGAAUCAACCCACUCAUUUAUCACGAGGGUGAAAAGAAUGGGAACAUUUUACCUGGCAUUUGUUAGAUAUCUAACGAUCCAUUUGAUCAUUUUAAAAUAGAAAAAUACAUCACUUAGUUAAUAUCUUGAUUGCCUUCCCUUAGAUAUCACCUUAUGUAUCAUCUCAAAGGUACAUUUUUUGAUUUGACUUGGGUUGCUUCCCAAAUGGCUCCCUUUACUGUACAUACAGUACAGUGCACUACUUUUGACCAGAGCCAUAUGGGCCCUAGCUGGUCAAAAGUAGUACACUAUUUGAGACACAACUAGAAUUAUUAUUAUUUUUCAUUGUGGUUUGUGUUUCAGAUUGAUAAGCAGCAGUUUGAGGAGACUGUGAGGACGUUGAACAACCUGUAUGCUGAGGCAGAGAAGCUGGGAGGCUCGUCGUAUCUAGAGGGCUGUCUGGCCUGCCUCACAGCUUACACCAUCUUCCUCUGUAUGGAGACACACUAUGAGAAGGUGGGAGACCCUCACCCAUCCACACAAUUUGGGUUGUAAAAUAUGGUAACUUUCCCCAGAUUCCCAGGUUUCCAGAUAUCAUGUUUGGAAGUACAAAAAAAAAGUAUGAAUGUAUGCACUGACUACUGUAAGUCGCUCUGGAUAAGAGUGUCUGCCAAAUGACAAAAUAAACAAAUAUUCCCAGAAUAAGCAGGAAAUGUGGAAUCUUUCAAGGAUUUCUGGAAAACCUGGGAAUUUUGAGAAACAUACCAGAAUUCUGCAACCCUACAUACAACUUAAUGUAUGCUGACUACAAAGCUAUGCCAAGUAAAGCCAAUGUACUGUAAAAAAUGCUUUGAAGUUCUCAAACUUGAGAGCUUGAGGACAAACAGAUUUAAUAGAUUUUACCCUAAUCAGCAGCCCUAUUUUGGAGUCAGAAAGAAAUGCCCCCUCAUAGAAAUUGCUUGAAAUUAAAUGGUAUUUUGUUCCCACGCUGGUCUUUAUUACUGUCAUGUAAUCCAUCAAGAUAUUUGGUCAAUGGUUUUAUCUUUCAUGUUGCAAUUCUGAAUUAGUAGGGAGGAACCCAAACCAGUACAGUGAAGGUAAAAUGAGAUGUGAGAUAUUUAUUUAUAUUAAUAUAAUCAAUCACCUUUUAUGAUGUAUAGUCAGUUAAUAUGGCAGAGAACAGGACAGCUCUAACAGUAACGCCCAUACAAGCUGAUGUAGACAAUCUGAUUUAAAAUGUACCUCUUUAGUCAUUUCCAGAGCGGCUUACAGUAUACAGUGGGGAAAAAAAGUAUUUAGUCAAAUAAAAUAAAAUAAAAUUGUAUUAGUCACAUGCGCCGAAUACAACAGGUGCAGACAUUACAGUGAAAUGCUUACUUACAGCCCUUAACCAACAAUGCAUUUAUUUUAAACAAAAAAAGUUAAAAUAAAACAACAACAACAAAAAAAAGUGUUGAGAAAAAAAAGAGCAGAAGUAAAAUAAAGUGACAGUAGGGAGGCUAUAUAUACAGGGGGGUACCGUUGCAGAGUCAAUGUGCGGGGGCACCGGCUAGUUGAGGUAAUAUGUACAUGUGGGUAGAGUUAAAGUGACUAUGCAUAAAUACUUAACAGAGUAGCAGCAGCGUAAAAAGGAUGGGGUGGGGGGGCAGUGCAAAUAGUCCGGGUAGCCAUGAUUAGCUGUUCAGGAGUCUUAUGGCUUGGGGGUAGAAGCUGUUGAGAAGUCUUUUGGACCUAGACUUGGCACCCCGGUACCGCUUGCCGUGCGGUAGCAGAGAGAACAGUCUAUGACUAGGGUGGCUGGAGUCUUUGACAAUUUUGAGGGCCUUCCUCUGACACCGCCUGGUAUAGAGGUCCUGGAUGGCAGGAAGCUUUGCCCCAGUGAUGUACUGGGCCGUACGCACUACCCUCUGUAGUGCCUUGCGGUCGGAGGCCAAGCAGUUGCCAUACCAGGCGGUGAUGCAACCAGUCAGGAUGCUCUCGAUGGUGCAGCUGUAGAAUUUUUUGAGGAUCUGAGGACCCAUGCCAAAUCUUUUUAGUCUCCUGAGGGGGAAUAGGCUUUGUCGUGCCCUCUUCACGACUGUCUUGGUGUGUUUGGACCAUGAUAGUUCGUUGGUGAUGUGGACACCAAGGAACUUGAAGCUCUCAACCUGUUCCACUACAGCCCCGUCGAUGAGAAUGGGGGCGUGCUCAGUCCUCUUUUUUUUCCUGUAGUCCACAAUCAUCUCCUUUGUCUUGAUCAUGUUGAGGGAGAGGUUGUUGUCCUGGCACCACACGGCCAGAUCUCUGACCUCCUCCCUAUAGGCCGUCUCAUCGUUGUCGGUGAUCAGGCCUACCACUGUUGUGUCGUCGGCAAACUUAAUGAUGGUGUUGGAGUCGUGCCUGGCCAUGCAGUCAUGGGUGAACAGAGAGUACAGGAGGGGACUGAGCACGCACCCCUGAGGGGCCCCCGUGUUGAGGAUCAGUGUGGCAGAUGUGUUGUUACCUACCCUUACCACCUGGGGGCGGCCCGUCAGGAAGUCCAGGAUCCAGUUGCAGAGGGAGGUGUUUAGUCCCAGGAUCCUUAGCUUAGUGAUGAGCUUAGAGGGCACUAUGGUGUUGAAUGCUGAGCUGUAGUCAAUGAAUAGCAUUCUCACGUAGGUGUUCCUCUUGUCCAGGUGGGAAAGGGCAGUGUGGAGUGCAAUAGAGAUUGCAUCAUCUGUGGAUCUGUUGGGGCGGUAUGCAAAUUGGAGUGGGUCUAGGGUUUCUGGGAUAAUGCUGUUGAUGUGAGCCAUGACCAGCCUUUCAAAGCACUUCAUGGCUACAGACGUCAGUGCUACGGGUCGGUAGUCAUUUAGGCAGGUUAUCUUAGAGUCCUUGGGCACGGGGACUAUGGUGGUCUGCUUGAAACAUGUUGGUAUUACAGACUCAGUCAGGGACAUGUUGAAAAUGUCAGUGAAGACACUUGCCAGUUGGUCAGCACAUGCUCGGAGUACACGUCCUGGUAAUCCGUCUGGCCCUGCGGCCUUGUGAAUGUUGACCUGCUUAAAAGUCUUACUCACAUCGGCUACGGAGAGCGUGAUCACAUAGUCAUCCGGAACAGCUGGUGCUCUCAUGCAUGCUUCAGUGUUGCUUGCCUCGAAGCGAGCAUAGAAGUGGUUUAGCUCGUCUGGUAGGCUUGUGUCACUGGGCAGCUCGCGGCUGUGCUUCCCUUUGUAGUCUGUAAUAGUUUUCAAGCCCUGCCACAUCCGACGAGCGUCAGAGCCAGUGUAGUACGAUUCAGUCAGCCACCAAUUGUGCAAGUUCUCCCACUUAAAAAGAUGAGAGAGGCCUGUAAUUUUCAUCACAGGUACAUGUCAACUAUGACAGACAAAUUGAGGAAAAAAAAUCCAGAAAAUCACAUUGUAGGAUUUUUAAUGAAUUUAUUUGCAAAUUAUGGUGGAAAAUAAGUAUUUGGUCACCUACAAACAAGCAAGAUUUCUGGCUCUCACAGACCUGUAACUUCUUCUUUAAGAGGCUCCUCUGUCCUCCACUCGUUACCUGUAUUAAUGGCACCUGUUUGAACUUGUUAUCAGUAUAAAAGACACCUGUCCACAACCUCAAACAGUCACACUCCAAACUCCACUAUGGCCAAGACCAAAGAGCUGUCAAAGGACACUAGAAACAAAAUUGUAGACCUGCACCAGGCUGGGAAGACUGAAUCUGCAAUAGGUAAGCAGCUUGGUUUGAAGAAAUCAGAAUGAAUGGGGCCAUGUAUCGUGAGAUUUUGAGUGAAAACCUCCUUCCAUCAGCAAGGGCAUUGAAGAUGAAACGUGGCUGGGUCUUUCAGCAUGACAAUGAUCCCAAACACACCGCCCGGGCAACGAAGGAGUGGCUUCGUAAGAAGCAUUUCAAGGUCCUGGAGUGGCCUAGCCAGUCUCCAGAUCUCAACCCCAUAGAAAAACUUUGGAGGGAGUUGAAAGUCUGUGUUGCCCAGCGACAGCCCCAAAACAUCACUGCUCUAGAGGAGAUCUGCAUGGAGGAAUGGGCCAAAAUACCAGCAACAGUGUGUGAAAACCUUGUGAAGACUUACAGAAAACGUUUGACCUGUGUCAUUGCCAACAAAGGGUAUAUAACAAAGUAUUGAGAAACUUUUGUUAUUGACCAAAUACUUAUUUUCCACCAUAAUUUGCAAAUAAAUUCAUAAAAAAUCCUACAACGUGAUUUUUUUUUUUUUUUUUCUCAUUUUGUCUGUUAUAGUUGACGUUUACCUAUGAUGAAAAUUACAGGCCUCUCUCAUCUUUUUAAGUGGGAGAACUUGCACAAUUGGUGGCUGACUAAAUACUUUUUUUCCCCACUGUACUAUUACUAAACAAAAGCCUUUUUCAGAUCCAGCUCUACCGGUUGGCACAGACAACCAUAUAGGAUUUGAUUUAUUCUGGUGAUCCAUUGAUUCAGACUGCUCGUGGGAGUCAUAAAGGGGCUUACAUGUUAAGGUCAUCCUACCUGGAAAUAAUGUGGAGCCUUGGUCAUAUGCCUAAAGGAAAGCCUAGUGGGAAAAUAGAUAAUUGUAAUCUAGGAGGAUAAAUGCUAUUUCUCUUGUUUUGAUGGGGCCUGCUGCUGUCGAGCGAGCCACUCUCUCUCUCCUUUCCCGGGGGAACAAAAUGCUCCGGGAGAAAACAAAGUGUUCUGAUUGUAUAACACCAGUUGGAGAGAGGAGGUUCUCAGCUUUCUAUAGGUAUGCUUUGUAUUUCUCAACUCUCAAUGUUGAGCUCAGUAGCAACUAUUUUAUAAAGAAGAUAUUUGAUAUGUCUUUGAGAUACAGAGCGCGUGAAAUGCGCAUUGUCCAUUGCAUUGGGUGGUAGGAUACAACUGCAAUGUCUUUUUGGGAACAUUACAUUUAAUACAUGGCUACUAGAAGUGGGUAUUAUAUUUAGAGUUAGUGAUCUAGCUAAUGUGUUUUGAGUUUCCACUUUCUCAGGUGGUGAAUUAACCCCAAAUAAAUUGGCCUAUGAUAUUAGAGCACAUAAAGAUGCAGGCAAAUUCAUCUCUAUUAAACAUAUUUUACAAAAUCUGAAAAUUCUAGGGCCCUAUUUUAACAGUAAAAUACAACAAUACCUUAUUUCUUCAAUACCAUCUCGGUAGUCUAUUACACUUUUAAAAAAUACACAGUGAAUGACUUUAUAAGACUAUAAUAAUAAUAUGCCAUUUAGCAGACGCUUUUAUCCAAAGCGACUUAGUCAUGCGUACAUACAUUUUAUGUAUGGAUGGUCCCAGGAAUCUAACCCACUAUCCUGGUGUUGCAAGCAUCGUGCUCUACCAACUGAGCUACUGAAAUUUAUAUUGUGUGACAACACUUUUUUUUUUUGGGGUGCAACCAAAUCAUGGGCUGCUGCUAUUUCCAUAUGCCAGUCAUUUUCUUUCAAAUCCAUGAAGUGAACAAGUGCACACUUUGGGAGAAAGGAGAGAUUAUUGGGAAGCAACCCAUGGGUUCUUGUAGAGAGGUGAAAUAUUGUUAUGGAUGUCCCACCAUUAAGACUCCUUAAUGACCUAUCAGAUAGCUGGUUGCAUAGGCCUACAGACUACAGCCUACAUCACAAAAAGGCCCAAUAAGUCUCAUGAUAUUAGAGACUGUAUCGCGACCUAAUGAAAAUAAAGUGAGAGGGACUUUGUGAAAUCGUCAAUCACUGGUUUCAUAGACGGAAAAGGAGUCUUAAUGGUGAGCAUCUCUGUGGCUUGGCUGUAAAUCGACAUUUGAGAAAGUUUUGUAUGAUUUAUAUGAAUCUGGUACCAUAGAAAAGUUCUAGUACGCUAUGUACAGAAAUAAGUGUGUCAUUGGUCUUCCAAUUUCAUCUGGAUUUCUAUUCGACCAGACAGGUUUGAUAUGGGAUGAUUUGAACCAUUGGCUUGAUUUUUAUAUUUUAUGAGGGCUCAUAAAGAUAGAAGUCAAGAUGUAUGAUUUGAAAUUACUUCUCAACUGAGCACACCCAAAAGAUUAACUACAGUAAAUUUGACAAAAGCUCGAUGGUAUCAAAUUUACGUCAUAAGUUGAUUAUUAUUAUUUAUUUAGCUAACCCUAACCCUUUUCCUAACCUUAACCUAAUUAUCCUAACCUGCAAUGUUAUUUAUCCUAACCUGCUGCGUAAGUUCUCCUAAACCUGCUACAAAACGUCAAGUCUGACAAAAGCUUGAUACCUUCUAGCCAUGACCAUCCUUCCAGCACACUUAGAACAUAAGGGGAUGAGGUCAAGGUUGAGAGAGACACAAGUCUACUGGUAGGCUAUCCCUUUAUUGGUGAAAGGAAAUUCUCCAGCUUGAAAGUAAAGUUGACAAUAUUCCAACAUGGAAUAAUUCAACUAAAACAAUGUAUGGCAAGGAGAGUUGGAAAAUUGAAAAUGUUAUAUUUUUUCUCUUUUCAGGUUUUGAAGAAGAUUGCCAAGUUCAUCCAGGAGCAGAAUGAUAAGAUCUAUGCCCCACGAGGUCUUCUCCUCACCGACCCUAUUGAGAGAGGCCUCAGAGUUGUAUCCUUCUACACCAAGCAGUUUGAUAGCCAUUAAAGCAACAUGUCUAUUUUUGAAAGGAGACUCAGGCUGCAUCCUAAAUGGCACCCUAUUAAGGCUACUACUUUGUAAGGUAGUGCACUAUAUAGGAAAUGGAGUGCCAUUUGGGACGCAGUCUCAAUACGUGCUGGGGACACGGGGUAAACCAGUUACUCUUAGCCAAUAGCACUUAGAAAAACCUCUAUUUAGAAUUAGUGUUCUGCUUUUUUUCAGUACCCACAACAAACUAGGCCAUUUGAGGGCGUUUGGAAACACCUUCAAUGUGUUAUUUAGGCCUUCAUUAAGUCUGUCAGAAAUUGCUUACCCUACAAAUGUAAACACAGAAAUACAAGCUGCUUGUAUUACAAUAACAGCACAAUGAGUUGCGUGAUGCAGCCUGAUAUUAGAUAUUAAAGUCGGAGUUGGGCUAGCUCAAUAUUGAUGUGCUGUACAGUGCUAGCUAGAACAAUGAAGUUUCACAGUGACCUGCUGCCGAUGUGUGACUGAGUGGUUAUGUGGUAUUACCACGGAUGCGUCCCAAAUAGCACCCUAUUCUCUAUACAGUGCACUGCUUUUGACCAGAGCCCCAUAGGGAAUAGGGUGCCAUUUGGGACACAUACCAGAGUACUGUGUGGUGUGCUCCCCUCCAGAACCCCUUCCUGCUUGCCUGUAAAUGGAAACCAGGAGUCUGGACAGCUCAAAGGAAACCUAGUGGUACCCUGUAAUAACACCAGAUACAAGUUAUAUUUAAUCCAUUUCAUCUGCAUUAAAUCAUAGGGUGCAGAAACAGUUUCUGUUCUCCAAGUAUGUGGGGUGCAGCCUGAGUGACUGACUCAACAUCCACAUUAAUUGUACUGAGGGCUGGGGCAGGCAGUGAAAUAUGACUGAAAUUGUUUGCAGCUGAGGACCUCCUCCUCUUGUAUGAUUUCAUUGAAUGCGUACCAAAUGGAAGCUUAAUCCCUAUAUAGUGCACUACUUUUGACCAGAGCUCCAUAGACUCUGGUCGAAAGUAGUGAACUAUAGGAUAGGGUGUCAUUUAGGAAGCAGACCUUGGCUUUAUGGCGACCUCCUGGAUUAUUUCUCCAGCACUGCGGAGCUGCUGAUUUUGGCCUGGGAGCGGCUGGGAUAGCAGAGUGGAGAUGGACAGGAAUGUCACACCUGCUCUGUUUUCCCUCCAUGUCCUCUCAAUGCACCCAAACAAAGUAGAUGUCUGCAUUUUCUAAUGUCUGAUUUGAUGUCUUGACUAUUGCUGCCCAAGUGCUUUACUCAUAGCAGUAUGUGUCUGUAGAUGUAACAUUUUAGAGGAAUUUUGCAUUGCCUUCAAACAUUGUACUUUAACUAAACAUGAUCCAGGUUGAAGUAACCAUCUUUGAAGACAGGAGCCUGGGCAGAUAAAAUCUACAGUACUAUGGUGAGUUUCUAUGGAAGCAUUUAGCUCCCCAAACUCAAUUGCAAUUCCUUUUCCUAAAUGUGUAUGCAUUUUUUGUGACAAAAUUCUAAUUGAAAUGCAAAAGAUAUCGCGUUAUCAUUUUCAUGAUUGAGUAUGCAUAAUGUCUGUUAAUUGUGUUUGAUAUUUCAUUUCCAUGGUACUAUCCAGUACAACACUGACACAUUUAAAAAUGGAAUGUAAAUGCUUAAAUUACAAAUAAUUUAUCAUGUUUGCCCUUUCAUUUUCUUGUUGUGAUAGCAUGAAUUGUGACAAAAAUAAUUGAUUUUCCCUACUCUGUGUGGUUUAAGACUGUCAAUAUUCAAAUGAUCAGUCAAAUACGAUAAAUCAAUCGCAAUGCUUCAUUUUGCUAUUUAGUUUCCUAAUUUCCUCGUUUUCAACCUGUGUUGAUUGUCAAUCGAACAUUGUGGGUGGGGUUUCGGUAACGUUAGUCGGAAGAGGUUGCCUGUGUUGCUGGCAACAGUCACUUUCGGUCGUAGCUGUAUCAAUGUGAUGCGUUUUUAGGCUGUCCCGGCAACAACAGCCAGUGUGAAACCCCACAGAAGAAGAACAGACCGUGUGUGCAACGAGUUCGUGGGAGGGGACUAUAAAGCUCAGUGGAAGGGACACGGGGAGAUACUAGUAGCUAGUUAAUAUGGCUAAUUGGCUAUUAUAGGUAGCUAGCUACCGAUAGGUUAGAUGGCUAGCUAGUAGCCUAGGAACAUUCAGACACAGAUAGAACAAUGAGCCAGAUAUUUCACCAGAUGUAUGAGUGUGAAGCAUCCAGUUGUCAUUUCCACUCUACCAAAUAUGGUGAUGAGAGGAAGCCCAGUGGCCGGCAGUGGGAGAAAAUGGCCGAGCUGGAUUUUUACCAACAUUCUGCCAAUUUUCACAUCAAUGAAACAUUUUCUCAAUACAGUUUUCUGUUCCCAAAACUAGAAUAUGUUACGAACAGAGUGGACUAAGUUUUGUGGAUUUUACCCUUUGCUAAAGUGAAAAACGAUUGCGUUGUUUAGAAGGAGUGCAAGGGCGAAUUGAGUUAUUGCACACGCGCACUUCACAGAGUGGGCGUUCCCUAAUGGAAAUAUGCAAAUACAUGCUAGAAUGCGCCAAUAGGAUCUCGCUAGCUCGUGCUUGGCUCUGCCCCCUCCUUGCUUGUUCUGCCCACAGUGACUCAUUUGUUCCCAUUGGAAACGACAGGCUUUGGUCUAUCUUGGGUUAGUUAUAUAAAAUAUUUGAUACAGAGAAGGAACUGCCAGAUGCGUCAUAAUAGCCCAGAAGUAAAGCCACACGGAGCCACGUUUUAAAUAAAAUACAUAGAAAACAUGGAGCAGGGUGGAAAGAAUAGCAUGAAAACAUGAUUUAAAUGUAUUUUUUCGGAAGGGCUGUGGUCACCAUUCAAUUAAUACAUUAAAUAUGUACAUCUCAUGGUAGUGGGGAGCAAUUUUCUAGCUUUUUCACGGGUCCAUUGUUUUCCCAUUUACGUCUUAGAGCAACCCUAUAUUCUUGGCAGCCCUGGUGUGAAGGGGAGGAAUGGCAGAGCAGACCGUCAUAUGACCCUAAAUAUUUUGAUGUGCAAUUUGGAAUUACAAUUUAAGAGGACCAGUGCUUCUAUAGCGAAAAUAAAUCUCACAUCUGUGCCGUUUGGGAGCUAUGUUGUUAGGCUACAUAUUGUUUCCUCUUCAGAGUAUGCUGGUGCACAAGUGAUGCAUUGUAUCAUUUCGCUUGACUGUGACAACCCCAAGUUCUUUCAAGUUUUGCACUGUAUGUUCUGAAGGUUUGUAUAAAAAUGAAGUUUAAAGACAUUAUCAGGGAUGGGCAAACUUGAUUGGGGGUUUGGGGCCACAAAAAAAUGGAACUCAUCUUGAGGGGCCGCAGUGGCUCGUGGGUCUGUGUACCCACAUCCAUCCACCCCCACCCCCCUUGCGAGCAAAACAUUUCAUGCAAUUCUACUAAUUUUACCAUGGGGCAGAGAGAAACAUUUUUACAGCUAAUUUCCUUCAAUUCUAAAGAUUUUGCCAUAGGGUGGAGACAAAUGUUUGCAGUUAUUAAUAUGAUAACUGAUGAUUACAGCGCAAUGCCCGCCACAUGAUCUCCAGCCCAGACCAUCGACUUCACCACUGCUUUGAUCUCCCAUCAGGGGAGUUUAAUCCCAGGGGCUAUCACUAUUAUGAACAACUCCCCAUAUGGACAGGGGUGGGGUGGGAGGGUAGUAAAGGUAUUUCUCUGACUGUUCCUAUUUUUUGUUUUCUAUAUGUUUUGUUUAGGCCUAUGUGAUCUGUGAGAAGUGCUAAGAUUUCCUCUUGUAGGACAAACAUGAAUCUGAAUCGCAAUUGUUUUCGCUUUUCAACCAUAUGACCGUCAUUAUUCAAAUGCUUUGAUAUAGUUUCAUUCACUCAAUUGUAUUAAAGUUUAGUGCUGGUAUUAUGUUCUCCUUCAUGGCAUGAGGAGUGAUAGCACAUAUACUGAAGAGAACUUACAAGAUUGAUUUGGCUUCAUUCUCUCAUUGAUACGUUUCACACCUUCCCAAACACACAUUUGAGUUCCACACAUUGUAAAGGAAUAACAGUAGGAAACAAGAAUGAUUCAUAAAUAGAAGCAAGCACCAACAGCUUGAUAAAAAGUGUCAAACACACAUUGAAAGCAUAACUAUAAUAAUAGUGGGAAUAUAUCCAUGAUAAAAACAAGAGAAUGGAAUAUAAUUGGAUAAAUCUGAAAAGAGAUUUGCAGCCACUAAUCAUGUGUGGAUCGCUAUUUCUAAAAUCAAUAUGGACAGCGCCGGUACUGAAAGUUGAAUAGGCAAAUGUUCGAACGAGGGCUUUGUUGGGACACUAAGAAAUAAGAGGUAGGCUUACCUGUUUGACAGACGCAAUUACGCCCUCCUAAUAUUGAGCUGCACCCCUUUUUGCCCUCAGAACAGCCUCAAUUCAUUGGGGCAUGGACUACAAGGUGUCGAAAGCAUUCCACAGGGAUGCUUGCCCAUGUUGACCCCAAUGCUUCCCACAGUUCUAUCAAGUUGGCUGGAUGUCCUUUGGGUGGUUGACCAUUCUUGAUACACACGGUUAACAGUUGAGCGUGAAAAAUCCAGCACUCAAACCGGUGCACCUGGCACCUACUACCAUACCCUGUUCAAAGGCAUUUAAAUCUUUUGUCUUGCCCAUUCACCCUCUGAAUGGCACACAUGCACAAUCUGUCUCAAUUGUCAUCUACACUGAUUGAAGUGGAUUUAACAAGUGACAUCAAUAAGGGAUCAUAGCUUUCACAAUGAUUCACCUGGUUGGUCUAUGUCAUGGAAAUAUGUUUUGUACACUCAGUGUAUAGUGAGUUAUUCAGUAUAUAGUACAGCUUCGCCUCUCUGUCACUGAUCCAUAAAUACUUUAGAAAUGAAGACAGGGUUGUAGUGGAGCAGCUUGAGAGCUUCAAGUUCCUUGGUGUCCACAUCACCAACAAACUAUCGUGGUCCAAACACACCAAGACAGUCAUGAAGAGGGCACGACAAAGCAAAUUCCCCCUCAGGAGACUGAAAAGAUUUGGCAUGGGUCCUCAGAUCCUCAAAAAGUUCUACAGCUGCACCAUCGAGAGCAUCCUGACUGGUUGCAACACUCCCUGGUAUGGCAACUGCUCGGCCUCCGACCGCAAGGCACUACAGAGGGUAGUGUGUACGGCCCAGUACAUCUUUGGGGCCAUGCCUCCUGCCAUCCAGGACCUCUAUAUCAGGCGGUGUCAGAGGAAGGCCCUAAAAAUUGUCAAAGACUCCAGCCACCCUAGUCAUAGACUGUUCUCUCUGCUACCGCAUGGCAAGCGGUUCAGGUGCGCCAAGUCUAUGUCCAAAAGGCUUCUUAACAGCUUAUACCCCCAAGCCAUAAGACUCCUGAACAGCUAAUCAAAUGGCUUCCCGAACUAUUUGCAUUGUCCCCCCACCCGCUCUUUUACACUGCUGCUACUCUCUGUUUAUUAUCUAUGCAUAGUCACUUUAACUCUACCUACAUGUACAUAUUACCUCAAUUACCUCGACUAACCUGUGCCCCCGCACAUUGACUCUGUACCGGUAACCCCUGUAUAUAGCCUCGCUACGGUUAUUUUACUGCUGCUCUUUAGUUAUUAUUAUUAUUAUUAUUUUAUAUAUUUUUACUUAUCUAUUUUUUACUUAACACUUUUUCUUAACUGCAUUGUUGGUUAAGGGCUUGUAACUAAGCAUUUCACUGUAAGGUCUACACCGUUUUGUUUUCGGCGCGUUUGACAAAUACAAUUUUAUUUUAUUUCUGUCUGAGCAUAGCUAGCAAGACCAGGCAACCUCUUCUGCCUCACGUUACCAAAACCCCGCCCACUGUGUAUGAUUGACAGGUCUAACAUGCAUCGAAAACACAGAGGAUCAAUGAGGAAACUAAAUGGCAAAAUGAAGCAUUGCGAUUUAUUUAUCUAAUUUGAUUGAUCAUUUGAAUUUUGACAGUCUUAAACCACACAGAGUAUGAAAAAUCAUUGUCAAUUACAGUUGAGAAUUCGUUUUCUUUUUGUCACAAUUCAUUCAUUUCAAUUUGAAAAUGCAUACCCAUUUUAGGAAAAGGAAUUGCAAAAAUGAUAUUGAUUUAUCAUUUACCCAUUACAAUUUAACAUUGAAUUAUGUCACUCAUAGGCUUCCAUAAGUUUGAAGACACAGUCAUGCCACACAGGAUGUGUACAACAGAUUCCAUUUGGGCAAUUCUACGGGUAACAGAGUGAUGCUGAGACUCAGAUUCUUCACUUUAAAAUGUAUGUCAAACAAAAACCAAUGAUUGCAAAGUUAACAAACCAUACAACUCUAUGCACAAGGACUGCUUUUAACAAUGACCACUGAACAUUUUAUAAAAAACACAUUACAGAACAGUACAGAUGAACAUUACAGAUGAACAUUUUGGAAACAGAAUGACAGUUUGUGCUGUUUGUGCCUUUACUCUGUUACCAAACUUUGCAUCUGCACUAUUCUUCAAGUAAAUGUGGAAAUUGUUCAAAGUAGUCCUUGUGCAUAGUUGUAUGGUUUGUAUCAUGGAAUUGCCCAUAUGCCUGUCUUUGUAGUCUUUCUGUACUGCUUACAAAAUGACUAUGUAGCAAUGGAAUACCAUCAAACUGCUCAAUGGGUGAAAUGUAAAAGUAUCUGUGAGUAAAUGAGACCGCAUAAGACCAAUUUCUGUAAUCUAAUGAUGGAUAGAAAUAUGUGGCAUGUUAUUGAAUUGAAAUAUGGAUGCUCUUGCUUUCCAAGACUAACAUUAUAUUCUUCCUGGUUCACCCCCAUGCUGUUACUAAAUCCAGAUAAUCUUUGAGACCAUGUCAUUGCUCCAGAGCAAUUUGUAUUUACUCUCCUGCUGUGCAGUUCCCAUCUACUCUGUUUUCUAUUGGUGAAAUCGUAUGACCGUAUCACAGCCACUCUGACAGCACAGGGUUUUUGUCCUAAGAUUUUCAUGAGAACUACAUGUCAUGUCUUGAAUCUAUUUGCCUCACUCAAGCACACCUUUCCGCCUUGUGUAAGUUAUUGAAUAUGACAAAGAACAUAAUUUUCCCAUUAAGAUCCCAACCCAUUUUCAUCACGCUGUGAAACUGUUUACUAACUAUUAACGACAACAUCUGAUCUUGGUGUUUUUCAACACCAGUCUUUUCUGCCUGUAGAGAGAGCCACCAUUUUUUAUGGAUCGGCGGAAGAACAUACAGUAUAUGCCAUUUAGCAGAUGCUUUUAUCCAAAGCGACUUAGUCAUAUGUGCAUACAUUUUACGUAUGGGUGGCCCCGGGAAUUUAACCCACAAUCCUGGCGUUUCAAGUGCCAUACUCUACCAACUGAGCCAUACAAGACCACAUAACCCUAUUUGUUCAUCAGGUGCUGGUGCAGCCCUGGUCCUGGUGCAACAAAGUGCAUACAGAGAUGAUUAUUUUCAUUAGAAAUUCCUGCCAGGCACCUCUAUACAUAUACAUGUCUUUGUGAGGAAUGUAAACUGCUCUUUUAUAAGUAGCUGUUGAGAGGGGAGUCCGUUGGACCGUUGCCAUGGUCAAAGAAAGGAUAAACCACUCUUAGCAAAGAGAAUGCGUGCGUGCUGUUUCAGUCAUAGUCUUUUAUGCCCCCUGGACAGACAGUGUUGCAAUAGCGUCAUCCUGCUGCUCUGCUGCGUUCUCCUUCCUGUUCCUCGUUCCGUAGCAGAGCAGAAGGCCACAGUGGACCUGCCGUGGAAUUUCACAGUUUGGGGUGAAAUGUUUGACGAACGGUCCGCUGGUGUAUUUGCUCCAGACGGCAGUGUAGGAAAACAGACGCUGAGCAGUUAAUGGUUGCAAAAUGAGUAAUUAACAGACGACCGUGCCAAGUCUAUCUCCCCAUGCUGCUUCUCCUGUUCCACCACGGUACUGUCUAGGAGCAAGACCAAUACCCUGGGUGUUUUCCUGGUGCCAGUCUGCCAACAUGCUGAUCGCUUUAGAGAGUGGGCACCUGGGCUUUCUUGACCUACAAAUCAUUAGUCUUUGGAGAGAAUAACUGCUGUCAAGUGUGAAUAUGGUGUGUAAAAUAAAGAUACAUGUAAGGAAAUACUUGAUAGUUGGAGUCUUCUCAGGAAAAGCUUUGAAAUAACCGAAUAGCUUUGAUAUAACCACAAUUGAUGAUACAGUCAGGUAAUAAAUAGUGGUUGAGCACAGUGAUGUGAUGUGAGGUGUAGUUGUGUGAUGGUGAAGUCAAUAGUGGGUGAUUAGAGCCAUAGAGGUGAGAGUAGCUAGCUAACUGACAUUUGUUUGGCAGAUCCCCAAAAAUGUACAAAAUAUUCACUACCUGCUGUUUAGGGGGCUUUUUUUUUUUCACUGAACUUUUCUUACAUUUGGCAGAUCCCAGGCUGUCUGGACUGGAGCUCUGAGGGGGCCGGGGCUGGUUUCAUCUGGUUCUGUCUCAGCAUCACCUGGUCCUGGGAGGGUGGGUCCACCUCCAGACUGAGGACCACUUCAACCUUCAGCCGGCUGAACAUCAUACCAGCCCUCCUGGCUCCCAUUCUGACUACUGCGUCUCUACAAUCUCCCCUGUACUCUUCUAUACACUCUACUAACUCAGCUACAGUAAAUGAUGCUGGGGACAUAUUACAGAACAAAAUCUUAAAUGCCGUCCUAAAGUGAAAUAAGAUAAGAUGGAAUAUGACAGUUAGGAUGUUUUCUGUAAUACAUCCUCUGACUCUUAAUCCUCUAAAAGGUAUUUCCUCUCUCUAUUUAUAACUACUACUUAGUGUACCUUAAGUCUAUUUACUUUUGCCUG